AUGGUAGCCAAGUCAUCGGCUUCACGGACAAUGUCCGUGAAGCGUGUGAAGACAGGAACAGAGACAACGAAGUCGUAUCGAUUCGAGCCGUUUUCCCAGCGUGUCGCAAAAUUGAAGAUCGAUCCCAUCCAUCGAGUGCGUCGGCCGAGCUUUGGUGAAGAAGGAGACGAGACGUCAUCUCAUUUUCGGUCUGCAUAUGAUCACUGGGUUGAGCUGAAUUUGUCGGAUAACUUUGUGCGAUUCGCCCGAAAAGUCAACCCGCUAUGCGAAAGUCUCGCCCAGAUUUUAUACCACGAGGAGAAGAUUAUGGAGCUGUUGGUGGAAUACAUCGAGAAGAGAGACCAGUUAUCGAUCGAGCCGCUGUUGACAUUACUCGCUCAGUUUGCGAGGGAUUUAGGUGUCAGGUUCGAAAAGCAUUUCGCUACCGCUGUAACGCUCGUGGCGUCUGUUGCGGCCACCCAUCCCGACGUCGAAGUGGUCGAAUGGAGUUUCACGUGUCUGGCAUGGAUCUUCAAGUUCCUUUCUCGACUCUUGGUGCCUGAUCUGAGGCAGCUCCUGGGUAUUAUGACCCCGUACCUUGGAAAAGAGCGGCAGAAGCUGUUCGUGGCCCGAUUUGCCGCCGAAUCGAUGUCGUUCCUUAUUCGAAAGGCUGGACUUGUAUACUACAAAAAUAAAACACCCCUGCAACGCGCAGUAUCAUUUUUGCUGGAUGAUUUGCACCAGGCGGCUGCCGAUUCGAAGACCGUGGAAACAUACAAAGAAGGGUUGAUGGCUAUGUUUUCGGAUGCAAUCAAAGGUGUCAAGCUCGGGCUCCACUCGAACGCCACUGAUAUACUUAGCUGCCUUCUGGAAAAUGCGUCUACAGGCGAUGAAUUGCGCAGCAGCUUAGCUCUCGACGUCGUUAGCGGUGUGCUAAUUAACGUAAAUCACAAUACGACAGCUGACACCUACGAACCAAUCAUCGAGACCAUCGUAUCCUUCAUCGAGCCAACCCGCAAGAAGGCCAACAAGCAGUAUGCGAACUUAUGUUGUCGGUUGAUGUUCAUCUGCGUUUGUACCCGCAAAGGAUCGCGUGUUAAAAGCUGGAAGCCUGUUCAUCAAACUCUGCUGCUCUUGCUUCAGAGGGCCGCGGCUGCGCCUGGCGCGUAUGCCGAGUCGAUUCCCCAGCUUCUGACUACCGUGGCAUAUGUCCUUCAGCUAUCUCCUAUGGACGAAAUGCUACCAUUUAUGCGCUCGCUUAUGGAUGCUGUGACCGCAGAUCAGCUUUCUGCUCACUUUCUCUCAUUCUGUGCUACUUUCUCGGAAUGGGGUGCGGAGAGAUUUCAUAGUGUUGUCCUUCCCUAUUUUCAGAGAUUCGUCAAUUCUUCAUGGCAGGAACAUGAGUACGAGCUCUGUCUGACCCUUCUUCGGUUGAACCAGGCAGGAUGCAUCACGUCCGAGCUCUCGCGACCUGGCUAUAUCGCCUGUCCGACAUCCUGGAAGAGUCGCAUCAAGGGCAUGCUAGGCAGCUCUGGCCCUGAUGCCACUGAAGUAGCACUCCUCAAUGCGUAUUCUAAGCUUCCCAACGCCAUCUCUCUGUCCACCGAGCCCUCGCUCUUACCCGAGAUGACCACGAGUCUUCAUGACCACCUGUCUCAUGCUCUGAAGCAGAACAAGGAUGACUCGUCUCCCGCGACAAAGUUCUUCCUCGGACAAGGUUUCAAGACUUAUGUGGACCUGGCUUCCUCUAACGGAGGUGCUGAUUCGGACUUGUGGAGCUCAAUUCUUUCCGCCGCCGCGCAGCACUCCCGAGUCCAUUUGUUCCUUGAGGCCCUGCUAGCUUACGUUUCGAAUUGCUCGGUAAAGUUUGAUUUCGAAAAUCCUGCAGUGGAAGAAUUCGCGGAUGUCCUGAUCACCAACCUGGCGGGUCCGUCUCAUGCACUCCGACUAUUGUCACUGCAAAUCUUGCAAGUUCUUGUUGAAACCCUGGGAGAAGAUGCUACUCCUAUCUCGCUAGCUAUCGAAGUCGAAGAAAGCGAGCUUAAUCUCCAAACCGCGCGUGUUGUGUCGAUGCACAUCCGUAGACUCGCCAUUCUCUACCCACAAGUGGCCUCGCAGCGGUGGAUGCCCAGGUUGAUACCGUACUUUUGCUUUGGACUAUUUUCAAAGAAGUUGGCGCCUUUAUGGGACGAUGCUGCUGCAGCACUCAGAUCAAUCAGCGAGCAUUCUGCGGGAGAGAAUAUUGUUUCUGAUCUCGCAAUCCAAUGGCUUCAAGAGCGUGGAUCAAUUGAGACUACCCACAAAGCCGACGAGGAGGAUGAAAACUACACAUCUGGAUACUUUCAAUGCUUCAAUGCAGCAAAAAUUGAGGACCUUGCAUCCGCUAAUUUCAAUGCUUCCAUGGAGCCCAGUUCGACACUGCUGGGCCGUUUCGAGAAGGACCACGACCAAUCUGAUAUUCUACCCCUUUCACCUCGAACCCAUGCUUUGCGUGUCCUCAAUGCGGCCCCGAAAAUCGCUGAAAAGAGAUCACGCCAGGUUGUCCCUCUUUUUCUGGCCUGGGCCACACGCGACGACGAGGAUGGGCCUGUUGGUGAUAUCUCCAAGAAUACAGACGCGGAGGACGCCGAGGAAUCAUACAUCCCCUGGGGCUUCCACGAUCGAUUGGCUUUCCUUGGGCUUUUUGGUCAAUUUGCCAAUCCUCGGGUGCUUUUCAAGGCAUCAGAAGUUCAUGAAGCACUGCUUGGCCUUCUUUGCCACGGUAACUCUCAGAUCCAAAAGUCCUCACUCAAAGCACUAUUCACCUGGAAGUCGCCCAACAUUGUUCCCUACCAGGACAACCUUUUGAAUAUCUUGGACGAGUCGCGCUUCAAAGAUGAACUCUCUGUCUUCGUUCAUGUUGGUGGUGAAGAUAGCUUGAUUGACGAAGCACAUAGGGGUGAACUCCUCCCUGUUCUCCUACGUGUCCUGUAUGGCCGAAUGAUCUCGAAAGCAAGCGCAGCAGGUCAGGCAGGGCAGGCUGGACGUAGGAAGGCGAUCCUGCGAACAUUGUCACAACUCCCCGAUAACGAAUUUGAUAUCUUCAUGCAGGUGUCUUUUGGCCAGCUUGGUACUGUCAAUUUGACUCAAAAUAAACAAAUUGAUCAAGAGGCAUUUACUCGAGAUCUGGUCAGCCCGAGAAGGCAGAUGGGUUUGCUGAAAAUGGUUGAAACUGUGUUCGAUACUCUUCAAAGUCGAAUGGUUCCAUAUGCCCAGAGAUCCAUGGAUGCAGUCCUGUACUGUCUCGUGAGAGCCUCUCGGGAGGUGGAGAAGGACCAUACUGACACUGUUGCGGAGUCUGCAGAGGGACGCAUGUUGACUGUUCUGCGCAACAUUCGUCAGACUUGUAUUCGUUGCCUUGACUUGAUAUUCUCUGUCUCGUUAGACAAAGAAUGGUCAUCCUACGUUCGCGUCAUCUUUGACGAAGUAAUCAACCCUCGCCUCGAAAAUUUGGCAAUUGAGACAGCGCAAGGAGUUUCGGGUCUCCUUCGACUCUUCCACACUUGGGCAACUUCCUCCCGGUCGUCUUUCUAUCUCGUGCGCUACAACGACACGCUUCUAACCAAGGUGGUGGACUGUCUUGCUGUAGAUUCUGCCCGUGAUGAGGUGAAGGUGUUCGUUAUGGACGAGAUUCUCGUGCCUGUUAUUGAGCUUGCAAGUGGAAAAAAUCUGCAAGAGAAAGAAGAGAUGAGUGAUUUCUCCUCAGGCGAGAUUCGCUCUGAGGUUUUGUCCCCUUAUAUUGAACACACACUUUCUCUCCUUGGCCGUCUCCUAAAGCGUGGUCCUUCCCGCUCCGUCCUGGUAUCAGGCGUUCAGACACUUUCUCUCCUUGCGCCAUGUGUUGAAUCUUCCAAGGAAACCUCGGGACUCAUUAGCAUCACCACGUAUCUCCUGCGUCAGCCACCAGACAGAGUGUCCCCUAAGACAAAGUCUGGUCUCUUACGCAUUCUGGAAUACUUUCUGCCCUUGUACGAUCCUCAAGAAGACCCGAAAAUGUUCCAAGAGGUGUUCGAGGCGGUGUCAUCCAUGUUUGAUUAUUUCAGGGAUGAUUCAAACCGUGAAGUUCUGUCGAGAGUCUUUGGGGCGUUCUCAAAACACGAUCAUAAACUCCAGAAAGUCGCCACUCUAUGCGCCGAGUUGAACUCGAUAUCUAGAAAGAAACUCGAGAUAGACUACGAAAGUCGACUUCAAGCCUUCAGGGAAAUCAACGAGAGCUUGUGGGAAUCUUUUGACGCUCAACAGUGGCGGCCCCUGCUCUAUAACAUGCUCUAUCACGUCAAGGAUGAGGAAGAACUUGCUAUCAGAGCGAGCUCUUCUUUUGGACUGAAACGAUUCAUAGAGAGGGCUACUAAGGAAGAUGAAGGCAGCGCCGAGGAGUUUGAACCUCUUGUCAAAGAUGUCUUGUGGCCUGCGCUGCAAAGCGGAGUCCGACAGAAGUCAGAGCUUAUUCGGUCUGAAUUUGUCUCAGUGCUUGGUUACUUUAUCAAGUUAAACCCCACUAGGAGCGAAGUACAAGACAUGCACGGGCUUCUGAUGGGCGACGAUGAAGAGGCAUCUUUCUUCACCAAUAUCCUUCAUAUACAGCAGCAUCGCCGUCUCCGGGCGCUGCGUCGUCUGGCCGCUGAAGCGGCGAAGGGUGGCCUCCAGCCUUCCAACAUCAGCUCCAUCUUCAUUCCCCUCAAUGAGCAUUUUGUGUUCGACGAGGAAGUCGAGGAAGCCGCCCACAACUUAAUUGCGGAAGCUGUUGCCACGAUCGGGGCUCUCGCCGAAUGGUUGGACUGGAACCAGUUCAGAGCGAUCUUCCGGAGAUAUCGUGGUUACAUGCAACGCAAGUCUGAAAUGGAGAAGAAUAUUCUAAGGCUCCUGGGCAGAAUGGCAGAUGCCUUGACCAAUGCAAUGAACCAGGUCACGGGCGAUCAGAAGGUAGACGGCGACAGCAUGGAAGGGAUCGAAAUCUCGGUCCCCAAAUGCAAUCUUGCACGAACAAUGCCAUCGCCUGCUAAAGUUGCGGCAGAGCUGACCACCAAUUUCAUCCCGCAAUUGACCAACUUCAUCCAUCAUAAAAAUGAGGCGGAGAUGAGCUUGCGUUUGCCAGCAGCAGUCACUACGAUCAAGCUGUUGAAACUUCUACCCGAGGAAGAUAUGGCUAUUCGCCUGCCUCCUGUUCUCCUUGAUGUGUGCAGUAUCCUUAAAAGUCGAUCACAGGAUGCCCGAGACACUGCUCGAAAGACUCUGAAUGACAUUGCCUUGCUGCUGGGUCCCGCCUAUUUCGGCUACAUACUCAAGGAACUUCGCACCGUUCUCACAAAGGGCUACCAGCUUCACGUCCUCUCCUUCACAGUCCACUCUAUACUUGUGGCAACAACAGACGACUUCAAACAUGGGGAUCUGGACUAUUGCCUGGCGGAUCUCAGUGGCGUAGUUAUGGAUGACACUUUUGGUACAGUCGGUCAAGAGAAGGAUGCAGAAGGCUACGUGAGCAAGAUGAAGGAAGUCAAGAGCAAUAAGAGUUAUGAUUCGAUGGAAUUACUGGCGAAGAAUGCGACUGUUCGGAACCUCACGAACCUGCUCCGACCAUUGAAGUCUCUUCUACGUGAGAAACUCAAUUCCAACAUGGUGAAAAAGAUUGACGAACUCCUGCGAAGAAUUGGAGUGGGUCUUUUGAGAAACCCGGGCGUGGAAAAUCGUGAUAUCCUUGUCUUCUGUUACGAAGUGAUCAAGGAGACAUAUCAGGAUCCUGCGAAGGAAGAGAAACAGAAAUCUCUCACCAUCUCUGAACAGCGUUAUCUGGUCAACCUCAAAGGUGCAAAGAGAGGCGAGAAACGCGGAACGACUUCGUCGUACAUCUACAAGUUGACUCGAUUCUCGCUUGACGUUCUGCGCUCCAUCCUGAACAAGUUCGACUCGUUACUCACCCCGGCCAACCUGGCUGGUUUCAUUCCCACCAUCGGCGAUGCAUUAGUUCAGGCGCACGAAGAAGUAAAGAUCGCUGCUGUCCGGCUGCUGUCGACCAUCAUUAAGCUUCCUCUUCCGGAAAUCGAUGACAAUGCUCAUGUCUACUUCACAGAAGCGGUCAAAAUCAUCAAAGAGGCGCCGAGCACGAAUACCGAGGCUGCGCAGGCAUCCCUGAAGCUGGUCGGGGCGAUGUUGCGAGAAAGAAAAAGCACCAAACUCAGAGAUGGUCAUCUCGCAUAUCUCCUCCAGCGUCUUGUCGCCGACAUUGAAGAGCCGGAUCGCCAAGGCAUUACAUUCAACUUUAUUCGAGCCGUGAUGGCAAGGAAAUUCGUGGUUCCCGAAAUCUAUGAGCUGAUGGAUCACAUCGGUGCCAUGAUGGUCACGAACCAAGCCCGCUCAGCGCGCGAUCUGGCUCGCGGCACGUAUGUGCAUUUCCUCGUCGAGUAUCCACAGGCCAAGAAUCGCUGGGCGAAACAACUGAGCUUCCUAGCCAAGAAUCUGGAAUAUAAGCAUCACGAUGGCCGUCAGUCUGUUAUGGAAGCCGUGCAUACGCUACUCUCUAAGACUGGACCCGAACUGGCCCAGGACAUUGUCAGCACAUUUUUCUUGCCGGUUGUCAUGGUAAUGGCGAACGAUGAGGCACCUGAAUGCCGAGAAAUGGCAGGAACUUUGCUCGGAGAACUAUUCAGCCGAGCGGAUAGGGAGCAGACGAAGUCCAUGCUCAUGCCCUUGCGAUCCUGGCUCGAGCAGACUGACAACUCUCUGCUGACUAGUACCGGGCUACAAGCGAUGAGAAUUUUUUUCGAGGCGGAAGGAACCGAAAAGGACAAGGAAGCUCGCUUUGUCAUGGGAAUACUCCCCGCCAUUAUGGAGCAAAUUCUGAAAGACGAAGGAAACGACAGUUGGGAAGUGCUCUAUUUUGGUUUGCAGCUUUUGACAAAGCUUUCCAAGGCCGUUCCUGCUAUCGCCCUGGCCAAGGAACGUGCCUCAAUCUGGGCAGCCGUUCGGGAAUGCUUGUUCUACCCCCACGCUUGGGUUAAGACUUGUGCCGCCAAUCUCGUCGGAACAUGGUUUGCAGAUCUGGCCAGAACCAAUGCAGCACAUGGUUACAGCGCGAUUCCGCUGGCAGGCUCUACAGGCUUGACGCUUGACAAGGAUGCCAUGUUGCAGCUGACCCGGGCCAGUUUGCGCUGCCUUAGAACUCCGGGUGUAAGCGAAGAGCUUGCUAUGCAGUCGGUUCGCAAUAUUAUAUUCUUGGGUCGGUGUUGCGCUCAGAAUGGUCUUGCAUUCCCGUCUACAUCUCAAGAGGCCGAUAUGAGCGAAAGCGAGAGCGAGAGUGAAGAUGACAUUGAUGAGGAAAGUGUCAAGAAGCCAGUGGAGCGCGCAGACAAGCCCACCAUCCAAUAUAUUUUCCAACAAAUCUCCUUGAUCCUGCGCAGGGAACUCCUUACGACAAGAGCAGAAUCAUUGAUUCCCAAGAGCGCCUCCAUUGGCCUUCUCGCGGCUCUCUGUCGUCACCUCGAGGCUGAUCAAAUACGUCCAUCGUUGCCUACCAUUCUCCUCCCUCUUCAACAUUUGACAGAUCCAACUAUACCUGCUCCUCGGUCAUCGGACGAGCGCUUCCGCGAAUCAUACAGGGCGCUUGUUUCCAACUGCCAUGAAGUCCUUGACCUCCUCCAGAAGAAACUGGGCGCCACUGAGUACAUCAAUCAGAUGGCAAAGGUGCAGGAUUCCAUCAAGGAGAGACGUGAGGGACGGCGGAUGAAGAGGCGCAUUGAGGCAGUUACGGAGCCCGAGAAAUAUGAGCGAGAUAAGAAGCGGAGAAACGACCGCAAGCACGAGAAGCGCAGGGAGAAGGGAGCGGAACACCGGGGGAAGAGACGCGGCUGGUAG